AUGAUCAUUUGUUCACUGCCACCGGUUCAUGGAUUCACGACUGCACUUACGAUGUGCGGGAUGGCAUUUGCUUCAGCUGGACCACAUGCGUCAUUCUUGGAGCAGGUACGAAAACUCAUGUCCGCCUGGCUCGUAGCCACGGGUGGACUGAUUCUCAGUGCAUCCAUUGCGUUUGUCGUGCUACGGCGCGUGCUGUAUCACUUGUCUGGGCAAUGGGACCUUCUUGCACGAGUGAAGGAAGACCAGCGUUUUCGUGCUCUGCAGCAUGCGAUCUGUCAAAAAGGAUUCCUUAUGGCCGCCUUAGCACGCUUUUGCCCGUUGCCUUAUUGCUAUACAAACCUGCUACUUGCCUCUUUGGACUCCUUGUCUUUCGGGACAUUUGUGCUCAGCACGUUGUCCACUGCCCCACGGUUGCUAAUUCCUUUGUUCAUGGGAGCCAAGAUGUAUGAACUAAGUGACCAUGACAUCCGCGCAAGUUUGGACCCAUCGACGAGGCGCCUGAAUUCCAUCUUUAUCUUUGUUAGUUUAGCACUGGGCGUUGGCUCGAGCUGGUUCAUUUGGCGCAAAACGUCCGACAUGCUGUUGCGUCAUGAAGCUGAACAUGCGAGUGACGAGGAAAGAACAGCUUUUAUAUUAGAUGAUGUAAAUGAAUAA